AUGGCGCAGCUGCGUUCCCCUUCACCCACUUGCCCCGCCCAGUCCUGCAGCGUGCGGCCCCGGGGCGCCGGCGUGGCCGGGGAGGGCGGCGAGGAGCUGCCCGGGGGCGCCGCGUCCAAGGGCCGCGCGUCCUCGGCGGGGCCUGUCAGUCCCCGGAGCACCGGCAGGGGCCAGGAGGGCUGCCAGGCCCAGGGCCCCGCCGCGCUGUACAGGAGGUGGCUGGAGGAGCACAGGCCCCGCGCCAAGAGGUGGCUGCAGGAGGCGUGGGCCGAGGAGGAGGCGCGGCGCCAGCCGCAGCUCUCCGCGGGCACCCGCAGGAUACUGAACAGCCAGGGGCUCCAGCGGUCCGCGGGCGACGCGGUGGUCCACGAGAGGCUGUACAACGACUUCCACAAGAGGCAGGCGGAGCUGUCCCGCAGGCGAGAGGCGGCGGAGGCCAGCGUCGCGGUCGACGCCCGCCCGUGGGUGUGCGACGGCACCCAGAGGCUUAUGUCGGAGGAGAUCGCCGCGGUCCGUCCGCAGAUAGCGGCAGCGCGGCGCCAGAAGGGAUCCGGGCCCCGGGGAGCCGCCCCGGGGGCAGCCAUGGCCGCGGCCGCGGAGAUCGUCUGGCAGAAGUGCAGGCUCCCCGUGACCGUCGAGUCGCUCCGGUCGUACGACGUGGUCGAGGUGCUGCGGCUCGCCCUGAGCACGGGCCGGAUCGGCAAGAGGACAGAGAUGUCGGAGGAGACGAAGCGGGCGAGGGACGCGUUGGCGGAUUGCCCUAUGAACAUGUGCCGGAUCAACGAGCUGGGCCGCUGUUACGCCAACGAGGCGCAGUACGACAAGUGCGAGAUUGCCUUGCUGCGAGGCUGGAAGCGCGCGAACGAGAUCGAGGACGCGAGCAUCCGGUUUUGCUUCUUGUUGAAGCUCUGCGAGUCGUCGUACUAUCAGUUAAGUAUAGGCAGGCGAUGGCCGUGCUCAAGGACAUAG